AUGGCUCUGCUGAAGGUUCUGCUGCUGCUGGGGCUGGGUGUUUCAGUGAACUCAGGUGUUUCUCUGCAGAAGAGAAUCAUUAGAGGUCAAAACUGUCAAGACACGGAGCGUCUUUAUCAUGUUCGACUGGAGAGCGGCAAUGGUACUCAUGUCUACCGCUGUGGAGGAUCUCUGAUCCACCCUCAGUGGAUCCUGACUGCAGCUCACUGCUGGCAGUCUGGGCCAGGAUGGACUAACGAAGCAGUGAUAAAAGUUCAUCCACGGUCUGCGGGGCAGCAGAGACAGGUGAUCCAACAAGCUCCUGUGAUUUAUACUCUCAACAACCAGCAGCAUGACAUCAUGUUGCUGAAGCUUCAUACCCCAGUAAGAGAUGUCUCAGUUGUUCGGCCACCAGAUUGCAGAUAUCGUUUUAAAACAGGCGAUGUUGUUCAGCUGGCAGGAGAGGCAGCAACGACAACCGGCCCCAAUAAUCAGCGAUUACCCCCCGGUGGCGAUUUUCCACCUCAUCUUCAGUGUGUCGACAUGAAAGUUGUUCAGGUUUCCUUUCACCUGCCGACACGUGGGCAUAUAUUCUAUGUUUCAGCACAGAACCAGGAUAUCUGCUAUGGUGACACUGGUGGAGCAGUGGUGUUCAACAACAUGAUUUAUGGUGUGAUUACUUUUGGUGGACCAGAUGCAUGUCAGAGUCCAGUUGCAAUCUUGGAUCCUAGGCGCAAAUUCAAGCUGGAAGACUCUUUAACCACAUCCAAUCAGAGCAGCCCGGUCUUCGCCGCUGACCUACCAACGCUGAACCAUGCCACGUCACGUCCAAUCAUCGACCGAGACCCAGCUGAUAAGGACCUCCAAGCACGGCGUCCUCCGCUUUCCAGCCGCGCUCAACCCUCCUCCGCCCCUUCUCCACCCUGGCUCUCCCAGCUCUCGAAGCUCAUCAUCCACCGACCUCCACCACCAGUGUCGGGCCCUGGGGGAUGACUUUCCGAACUUGCAUCGGGAAUACUCAUCCGAGCUCAUCUCAAUCCGUUCGAUGACCUCAGCCGGGGCCCGAGCGCCAAAGAACUUUAAAUUUGUGUUUGUUAAUAAACCUCCUAAUCAUUGCUUUUCA